AUGUCCAGCUCCAUCUCUUCUGGUGCUGGUGGUGCUGAACGUGUCAAGGUUGUUCUUCGUAUUCGACCGCUCAUCGCCAAGGAAAAGCUAGCGAGCUGCAAGCCAUGCGUCCAACUUCCGGCGGGACUGCCGCAUGCUGUUGUCCUCGGCUCGGGCAAGGCGGCGAGGGACUUUGACUUUGAUUCUGUCCUCCCGCCGACCACCGACCAGGCCCGAGUCUUUGAUGCUGCUGUGGCGCCGCUGCUGGAUGGUCUCUUUGAUGGCAUCAACUCGUCCAUUCUCGCCUACGGCCAGACUGCCUCGGGCAAGUCGUACACCAUGGGCACUCUGCCCGGCGCCUCGGCGGCAUCGGAUGCCACUCGUGGCAUCAUUCCGCGAGUCAUCGACGCCAUCUUUGCCCGCAUGGCCGACGAGUCGGUCGACGGCGCCCAGUUCCUCCUCCGCGUCUCUUUCAUCGAGAUCUACAACGAGACCAUCCGCGACCUGCUCAACCCGGAGCUACACGCUGCUGUCGGCGCCACCUUUCUCGACCGCAUGCGGGCCAAGGCUGCCCGAAAGAAGACCUCGCUCAAGGUGCGCGAGGAUGCAGACGGCGUCGUCACCGUCGUCGGCGCCACCGACCAGAUCGUGACCACCCCGGCCGAGCUCACCGCCGCCAUCGCCACCGGCACCCUCGCUCGUUCCACAGGCGCCACCGACAUGAACGCGGCCUCCAACCGCUCCCACUGCAUCAUCACCCUCACCCUCGAGCGCCACGCUCCAGGCGCAGACACAUACACGGUCGCCAAGCUCAACCUGGUCGAUCUCGCCGGCUCGGAGCGCCUCAAGCGGACCCAUGCGUCCGGCAAGCGUCUCGCCGAGUCCAAGGCCAUCAACAAGGGUCUCCUUGCCCUCGGAAAUGUCAUCUCCGCCCUCGCCUCCUCAGCUUCCCAUCCGCAGCCCUCCGCCCGGACCCAGGUCCACGUCCCCUACCGCUCGUCCAAGCUCACCCGCGUUCUCCAGGACUCGCUCGGUGGCUCGUCGCGAACCGUCAUGCUCGCAUGUAUCUCGCCGGCAGACGUCAACUACGCCGAGUCGCUCAACACCCUCAAGUACGCCUCGCGUGCCCGCGCCAUCACCAACCACAUCCGCAAGCACGCCCAGCAGGGCUCAUCCCACCUCUGCGCCCUCUCCGCAGAAGUCGAGCAGCUCCAGCUCAAUCUCGUCAAGCGCGCUCUCAUCCGCGACCACACCGGAAACAAGGUCACUGUCGGUGCCCUCCUCGAGGACCGGGCCGCCUCGCUCGCCGACCUUGUCAAGGACGAGUACUACCGCAACCAGAUCGCUGCUGCCUCCUCGCUCAUCAUUUCGUCGUCGAUGGCCCUCCGUGCCUCGGUCUCGCGCCCGCCACCCUCGCCUCCUGCUCCGUUGUCUGCCUCUGACGCAGUUGCGCCAGAGCUCCUCGACCGCCUCGCCGCCGCUGAUCACGAGCGCGAGCAGUGGCUCGCCUUUGUCUCCCUCCUCCAAGAGCGCGGCCUCCUCGAUGCCGAGCUUCGCGCCUUUCUCCAGGACAACGUCCUUGUCCACGUCAAGCCGUUUGCCGCCCCGAUCCCCACCCCAACGCUCUUCACCCGGCCAACCACCUCGGCCGGCCCUCGCCGCAGCGCUUCGACCUCGGACUUGGCCACCUCUGCCUCUGCCCACCGCCCGCUCAGCGCGCCGUCCCGUCCGAUCGGCUCGGACGGCGGCGUCCUGCCGGCUCACGUUCUGGACGAGCUCGAGGAGGCCCAUGCUGCGCUCGCAGACGCCCAGGAGGAUCUCGCUCGCGACGAGGAGAUAUUUGCCGCUAAGACUGCCGAGAUUCGUCAGCUCCAUGACCUGCUCGCCGCCCUUCAGGCCGAGAAUGACGCGCUCCGCUCCGCUGCCCCCGGCCUCACGGUCCCAGCAGCCCGCGAGACCACUCCCGCGCCAUCGGGCGACGACCGCAAGCUCGUCGCCGCACUCGGCGUCUCGCCGGCUGUUGGCGCUGACGUCGCUCCGCUCGCCUCGGCCCCGCACCCAGCCCACGGCUCACUCAUGGCCCGCAUGUUUGCGCAACGGAUUGAGGAUGCCAACGACAACGUGCUCGUCAUCGAUGACACGCUGCUUGACGACGACGACUCGGCCAUCGCACCGCCACCGGCCGCGCAUGCGUCGGCGUCGGCAGACAACGUCGGCCUCCUCCACACCCGCAUCGCUGAGCUCGAAGACAUGCUCCACCGCCGCGACCACGAACUCGCCGUCGUUGCAGCCGAGCUCGCCGGUGGCGACACCACGGGCUCGCGCUCGAUGAUGCUCUCCGGCUUGGACGAGUCGGAGCUCCCGCUCGAAGCCGCUGUCGAUGACCCGGUCGUUCUCAAGCUCAAGGCCAAGAACGUCAAGCUCACCCGGAGGGUCAAGGAGCUCUCGCGCGAGCUCCAUGCCGUGGGGAAGGACCACGCCACUGCGCUUGCCUCGCUUGACGCCGCGCUCUCCAAGGAGAAGCAGACCGUCGCCUCGCUGACCAACAAGCUCGAGACUCAGGCCCGCAUGCUCCGCAUCAAGUCGGACCAGCUGCACUCGGCCCGCAAAAAGUCGCGCUCGCCGGCCCUCGACGCGUCAACCCUCUCCGUCGCCUCCGAGUCGACCCAUGACCCGCUGCCGGCCGCUCCGGCCGUUCCGACGCGCAAGAGCGUCGCGCCAGUCGACGUCCCGGAAGUCAUCGUCACCGACGACGAACUCGAUGCUGUCGUGGGCCAGCAGAGGAAGCUGACCAAGCUGGAGGCUGCGCUCGCCGAGCGCGAGGCCGACCUCGAGCGCCGCGAGCAGCUCCUCGCGCAGCACGCGUCGGCCCAGGUCAAGGCGCUUCGGUCGUCGCUCAACCUCCGGCGCUCGCUCGACGCUGUCGAGUCCAAGCUCGAAGACGCCGCCGAGGCCGAGGCCGCCGCCGACAACGAGGCCGUGGCUCUUGCCUACCUCGGCAGCCAGGUCGACUCGCUGCUGCUGGAGAAGUCGCAGCUCGAAGCCGCGCUCGACGACGCCGCCGCGGGCGUCACCCCUGAGGCCGUGCUUGUGGCCGAGCUCGAGGACGAGCUCGACGAGCUCGACGCCAAGCUUGCUUUUGUCGACGAGUCCAUCGCCGAGACCCAGGACGAGAUCAACGCGUCGCGCGCGUCCGACGCCGCCGGCUCGGCCACCUUCCUUGAGGCAACGCUGUCCAAGCUCGCCUCACUCACCUCGCUCGACGCUGCCACAAACCUGCUCAAAACCUACUUUCUCAAGAUUGUCGAGCUUAAGGAGGAGGUUUACGUCCUUGACCGCGUCGAGCUCCCCUCGCUCCACCUCCAACUCGACGAGGCUCACGCCCAGCUCGCCGCCGCACACGACACCCUGGCGCUCGCGCGCUCUGACACCGCCGCCAAGCUCGACGCCGCCCACAAGGACACCUACUACUACAAGACGACUAACAAGGAGCUCAAGGCCAAGCUCCGCGAGCUCAUGCAGGCCGCCGUCGAGCAGCAGGCUCUGUUCGAGGCCGAGCAGGAGCAGUACGACGCACUUGACGCCGAGGCCCGCCAUCUCCGCGCAGAGCUCGACCGGCUGCGUGCGGCCCAAGCUGCGCCCCCGCCCGCCACUACCGUGUCGCCGCCAGUUCGUGCGGCGCCGCGUGCCUCGCUCCGCCCGCUCACCGCAGACGAGAUCUCGUUCCGCUCCAACCUCACCGCGCUCUCGUCGUCGAUCGGCGGCGCCUUUGGCUACGAAGACGACUCGCUAGAGUCGUCCAAGAUGGGCUCGGCCGCUGGCAAGUACUUUGCCUCGACAGCUUCGUUCCUCGACUCGACGGCUCACAUCGAGUCUGACGCCGACGUCCCACUCGGUUCGCCGCCUCGGUAAAGUGCCGU